AUGGGCCUCCAGCGCAGGGUGAUACGGCUCCUCGCCUGCAACCGGGUCUGGGGCAAUGGCUGGCUGAGGGGGCCAGCCCCGCGCGGCGCUGGGAGCCCUCCCGCCGCCCGGCGCUCCCUCUCCGCCGGGCAAGCCGCCCCCGAGGGCGCGUACGAGCAGGCGUUCAGGGCCGCCGUGGCGGAGCCCGAGAAGUUGUGGGGAGAAGCCGCCGGGCGGAUCCAGUGGCACAAACCCUGGGCCAAACUCGUGGACAGGAGCAACCCGCUCGUCGCCUCCUGGUUUGUGGAUGGAGAGCUGAAUAUUUGUUAUAAUGCUGUAGAUCGUCAUGUUGAGAGUGGACAUGCAGACAAGAUUGCUAUUAUCUAUGAUAGUCCUGUAACAAACACUAAACAGGCUAUCACUUACAAAGAAGUUCUUGAACAGGUCUCCAAGUUAGCUGAUGUUAUGGUGAAAUACGGUGUGAAGAAAGGAGAUUGUGUUGUCAUCUACAUGCCCAUGAUUCCACAGACAAUGUAUACCAUGCUGGCAUGCGCAAGAAUAGGAGCCAUACAUAGCCUCAUUUUUGGUGGAUUUGCAUCUAAAGAACUUUCUAGUCGCAUUGAUCAUGCAAAGCCCAGACUUGUUGUAACUGCAACUUUUGGGAUAGAACCAGGAAGGAGAGUGGAAUACAUGCCGCUUCUAGAAAGAGCACUGGAGAUGAUACAGCACCAACCUGAGAAAGUUCUCAUAUACAGUCGACCUCACUUGGGAACUGUUCCUCUAGUCUCAGGUCGUGACCUUGAUUGGGAUGAAGAAAUAGCAAAAGCCAAGCCUCAUGAUUGUGUUGCUGUUCGUUCAGAUCAUCCACUUUACAUUCUUUAUACGUCAGGAACGACUGGCUUGCCCAAGGGUGUUGUUAGACCAACAGGUGGCUAUGCGGUUAUGUUGAACUGGACAAUGUCAGCUAUAUAUGGACUCAGACCUGGAGAGGUAUGGUGGGCAGCUUCUGACUUAGGCUGGGUAGUUGGCCAUUCCUACGUUUGUUAUGCACCUCUCCUGCAUGGGAAUACAACUGUUUUGUAUGAGGGGAAGCCUGUGGGAACGCCAGAUGCUGGUGCUUACUUCCGUGUGCUAGCAGAGCAUGGAGUGGCUGCCUUUUUUACUGCACCAACUGCAAUUAGAGCAAUCCGUCAGCAGGACCCUGAGGCAGACUUGGGAAAGCAGUACUGUUUGACAAGGUUCCGAACAUUAUUUGUAGCUGGUGAACGCUGUGAUGUGGAGACAUUAGAAUGGUCCAAAAAAGUCUUCAAGGUCCCAGUGUUGGAUCACUGGUGGCAAACUGAAACUGGAUCUGCAAUUACUGCUUCCUGCAUCGGUUUGGGAAACUCUACAAAUCCUCCACCAGGACAGGCAGGAAAAUCAGUGCCAGGAUACAAUGUGAUGGUUCUGGAUGACAACAAGCAACCAGUGAAGGCCAAGACUUUAGGAAAUAUUGUGGUAAAGUUGCCUUUGCCUCCUGGAGCCUUCUCGGGUCUCUGGAAAAAUCAGGAAACGUUCAAGGAGUUAUAUUUCCAAAAAUUUCCCGGAUACUAUGAUACCAUGGAUGCUGGGUACAUGGAUGAAGAUGGCUACUUAUAUGUCAUGUCUCGAGUUGAUGAUGUGAUCAAUGUUGCAGGUCAUAGAAUUUCUGCAGGUGCAAUUGAGGAGUCUGUUCUUUCCCAUGGAGCUGUGGCUGAUUGUGCUGUUGUUGGCCAAGAGGAUGCCUUAAAAGGUCUUGUCCCAUUAGCGCUAUGUGUAUUAAGAAAUGGUAUAAAGACAGAGGAGGAGAUCGUUUUGGAAGAAAUUGUUAAGCGUGUUCGAGAAAGCAUUGGCCCAGUGGCAGCUUUCCGAAAGGCAGUGUUUGUGAAACAGAUACCAAAGACACGUUCUGGCAAAAUACCACGUUCUGCUCUUUCUGCUCUUGUCAAUGGCAAACCAUAUCAGAUAACUCCAACCAUUGAGGAUCCUGGUGUGUUUAAACACGUAGAAGAAGUACUGAAGAAAAAACAAUAA